GAGUCCUGUGAAAAGUCGGUGGGACUCGAGUAGCAGCAGCGGCUGCCCGCACAGCCUCGCCAUGAGCUGCCGCAACUGCUCCCAGCCCCAGGUCCUUUGCAGCUCCGAGCAGCUGUUCCUGCAGCCCCUCUGGGACCGCGUGAGGAGCUGGGAGGCCCUCAUACUGUCGCCCUUCUUCCCGGUCAUCUUCUCCAUUACCACAUACGUGGGCUUCUGCCUGCCCUUCGUGGUGCUGGACGUCCUGUGCUCCUGGGUGCCCGCGCUGCGGCGUUACAAGAUCCACCCGGACUUCUCGCCGUCAGCGCGGCAGCUGCUGCCCUGCCUGGGGCAGACGCUCUACCAGCACGUGAUGUUCGUGUUCCCCGUGACGCUGCUGCAUUGGGCCUGCAGCCCGGCCCUCCUGCCCCACGAAGCCCCUGAGCUGCUCCUGCUGCUGCACCACGUCCUGCUCUGCCUGCUGCUCUUCGACACGGAGUUCUUCGUGUGGCACCUGCUGCACCACAAGGUGCCCUGGCUGUACCGCACCUUCCACAAGAUGCACCACCAGAACCCCUCCUCGUUCGCUCUGGCCACGCAGUACAUGAGCAUCUGGGAACUGUUUUCCUUGGGCGUCUUCGACAUGGUGAACGUCACGCUGCUCGGAUGCCACCCGCUCACUGCCCUGACCUUCCACGUGCUCAACAUCUGGCUGUCCGUGGAGGACCACUCCGGCUACAACUUCCCUUGGUCCACUCACAGACUGGUGCCCUUCGGGUGGUACGGGGGCGUGGCGCACCACGACCUGCAUCACUCUCUCUUUAACUGCAACUUUGCCCCGUACUUCACACACUGGGACAAAAUUCUGGGAACGCUGCGGCCUGCAUCUGUCCCAGUGCAGUAAUGUGGCUGCGGUGGGUGCCCCUAAGACUCGGGACUGCCUUUCAUACUUGAAUUAAGAGAAACACCUGAGCGGUAUAUUAAGCAACUAACUUAUUAACCGAUGAAAACCAUAGAUAAAACCUGAUGUAUUUUUGUAGUCUGACAAAGCAAUUUACGUAAGUUUUCUGUAUCAAUACAAUUUUGUGUUCUUGGUAUUCGUAGUCUAGCUCACUUCAACAGCCUUGAAUCCUGGAUGUGAAAAAGACAUUCAUCACAGACAUAUUUAGAGUAUCUCUAAAAGGACUUGUUUGUGGAAUAAAGAAUUUCCUAUGUUUGAAAGUGUUCUAAACCUGUCUAAAAGAACUUAUUUUUAUGGAUGACUCUAAAAACAGUUGAACAUGUUUCUGCUGGACAGCAGCCGAGAUUAGAGUGCCUUUUUAUGUUUUUUAUAGAACUGUAUAUUUAUUUUGAAAGAAAUGUUUUUCAUGCUUUAAAAAAGAAAAAAAGAACA